GGCAAGCUUCUGGCAAAAUCCGAUUAGUACAGCGGCAACACCCGGAAACCCUCCCCAAGUCGUCCAAACGAGACGUUGUAGCCGUCCUCGAUCGAGUCAAGACCCUCAAGAGGUAUGUUUCCGUGUCGUUGUCGUCUGCAGAUAUGCUGGAUGGAUCUGCAUUUCUGUCAGAAACUCUAGCUUGGAGAAAUCCAAAUGGAAAUCGAUGGAUGCUUUCGCCUUGAUUGGAUGUAUGUUGACCUGCCGAGUCACUAACCAUCUUGCAUUGCAGCCUGCAACAUGGGCGCAUACAAAUACAUCAGCGAGUUGUACAGAAAAAAGCAGUCUGAUGUGCUGCGUUUUCUCCUCCGCGUCCGAUGCUGGGAGUACCGCCAAUUGAAAGUCAUCCAUCGUGCUUCUCGCCCUUCUCGCCCUGACAAGGCUCGUCGUUUGGGAUACAAGGCCAAGCAGGGCUACGUUAUCUACCGUGUCCGCGUCCGUCGUGGUAACCGUAAAAAGCCCGUGCCAAAGGGUGCUACCAACGGCAAACCUGUCCGUCAGGGUGUCAACCAGUUGAAGCCCCAGCGCAGUCUCAGGAGCACCGCUGAGGAACGUGUUGGAAGGCGUUGCGGAAACCUGCGAGUCCUGAACUCGUACUGGGUAAACCAGGACGGCGUUUACAAGUAUUUUGAAGUUAUCCUUGUGGAUCCGAGCCACAAAGCUAUUCGUCGGGAUCCCCGUAUCAACUGGAUCACCAAGCCAGUGCACAAACGCCGCGAAGCUCGUGGUCUCACCAGUGUAGGGAAGCAGAACAGGGGAUUGGGCAAGGGCCACCGCCACAACCACGCUCCUGCUCGCUCGACCUGGAAGAAGCACAAUACCCUCUCUCUUCGCCGCUACCGGUGAUUUACUUGCGUAUUUCCUGUUGUUUUGCCAUUAUAUUACUUCAUGCUUGCUAUGCUUGUAUGACCAUGAAGCUUCGCCAAAAGGAUAUCAUGUGCUCCUACAUAUUUUAAAAGAACUUUCAGCACAACAGCUGUGUCAGCUCGGCAUAACACCCCUUUAGAAUAGCUAGGCAAUAUCAGGAUGACGAUUACGUUGCAAACCGGCAUUCCCGGCACGUAAUACUACGGAUCUUUUUCAAUGAUGCCAUGCAUUCGCCUCGUGCCCCCGGAUCACAGCACUGUGAGAAGCCUAUGGCUGCGGUAUUUCAUUUAC